AUGGAAGAUCACAUAGCUGUGGCGCUCUAUGACUCAAAAAUCUCUAAGCCUGAGGAUUAUCAAUUCAGUUCGCUUUUACGAUCCGAUUUCACAAUACCCAAUAUCAACUUACUUUUCAAAUGCAAUGCUGCACUUUUAAAGGAUCCGUUCGGCAACGUCCUAUGGCCAAAAGACUGGAUGACACAAGUGCUACCACCCAACGAGGUUGACCGAUGGUACUAUAUCAUCCACGAGCGCGUACAACCAAAACCUCAAGAUGACUUGCAAGACCAAUUGUAUGCUGGUGGUGCACUCCUGAUACUUGCUUUUGUGCCGUCUGAAUGCGAAUCGAUUGAUAUUAAAACAUGGCUGCUGUAUGGCAUCACUCAAGAGUAUCAGCCGUUGCUUCGACUCAAGGCACGAAUGGCUACUUUGAGACAGAUGCUUGAACGGCUACGUAAGAAGCCGAAUACGUUGCUAGAGAUUGAUCAGAUUGAAAGUCAUCAACAACAGAUUGAAACACAAAGCAAAAACUCAGAAAAUGUUACGAAUGCUCGAUUGAAGGAGCUCACAGAUGAAAUUAGUAAUUUAGAGCGUCGAUGCAGGCGCAUUACUAGACUUUUGAUGACAGAGCCCGUCACUAUGGUUGAAGUCUCAAGAAUGGCUGGAUCUUUGUCAAAUAAUUUUAAUGACAAAGUCGAAACCAGAACUUGGGCUGCAACUUUCAAAAGUCCACGUGGACGGGACCUGGCGUCACUAGCCUUGAACAAAACUGACUGGAGAUAUGUAUGCCUUCUUCAAACACGCCCUACACCACGUGCAUUUUUUGAAGAUGACCAAUUGUCAAACCAAACGAUCAAUUCGGAAGAUUUGCUGAAGGAGGUCAAUAUGCGAACGGUGCUUCUUCGCCGUCUGCGUCAUGGUGAGGGCGAGUUAAUCGUACUUUCGAACACAGCCGAGCAAAAUGACGGUCAUCCAAAUCCAGUUGACAAGACUUUUCAUUAUUCAUCAAUUGGUGGUAUGUACUCAGGUGCAUUUCGACUUGGCCAAAAACAAGGAAGAGGUCAGGAAUAUUCGAAUGUUGGUAUUUAUAACGGAGAUUACGAAGGCAAUACACGCUGUGGUGACGGCAAACUAAUUUAUGGUAAAGGAACUGUAUGCCAAGGCACGUUUGAUCGGCCACAGCGUUGCUAUGAACACAACGACAAGUUACGAGGCCGUGUGUUAAAGAGGUCGCUACUGAAUGGAGACGACUUUCGCGACGGCACGGAGAACGGGAAGGAGAUGCAUGUGAAGUUUCCAGAUGGUGCAACGUACGAUGGUGAGAUGCAAGACGGAAUGAUUACCGGACAUGGACGAUACGUCAGCUCUACGGGUGUUAUUGAUGAGGGUUUGUUUGAUAAAGGGGUUCUUCAUGGACCAGUCUGUAAGCGGACGUUUCCAGACGGGUCAUUUGAGGAAGGACCGUUUAGAGAAGGUCAACUCCAUGGACGUGGACGGCAGCGUGGGCGUCAUGGUGAAUUUUAUGAAGGUUUUUUUGAGAACGGUGCUCGUCAUGGGCGGGGUAUAACUUGGUUUCGAGGUGGAUCGUCGAAGCAUGUUGGAUUCUGGCACGAUGAUGCCAUGGAGGGUCGAGGAGAUCUUUACUAUUGUCACCAUGACAACAAUAGUAUUAACAAUGAACGUAUGAACAAUAGUAGCGAGCGAGUUGAAAAGUGGGACUUUUGGUACGAGGGCGAGUUCAUGCAGAAUGAAACACGUUCGAGACAUCGCCUUGAAGAUCUUCGUGGCCUAAAUAAACAUCAAUCGAGUAUUGAUCAUAUAAAAUAUCAUGUUCCUUUUACGACAAAUGGUAAAAGUCGAGAGAGGAUGCCAUUUCUUACUACAGAGCUGCCACAUCAACUUGAAAAAUGGAGACGUCGCAAGAAGCUAAAUGGAAAACGACGCAUGGAACGAGAACGUGCUUAUUUACAGCAAUGUGAAAUCAAUAAUUUAUCCAUGUACUACGCGCUGCUAGACGAUUUUUGUGAGGAAUGGACAAAUCGUAAGCGCAAUGAUUAUGAAGAUACUUUACUUAGUGGCGAUGAACUUCGUCGUGUACAAGAGAAGCGUGAGGCUCUUCGAGCAGUUAAAGAGCAACGUGAAAAGUCUCGGGCAGAAACGUAUUGUUUAUCACCACGGAAAAAGUCACUGGCAAAAUUUGAAGAAUAUCUUAGACCAGUGACAUUGAUUGAGCAUUUGGAAUGGGAGAGAGCCAAAGGGUUGACCAUGUCCAAUAUUUACAUCACCGAGCCGAAUACUGAGGGCAAAGUACUUUUACACACAAGCUUUGGGGAUCUAGAUGUAGAGCUCUGGCCUCAUCAGGCACCCAAGGCAUGUCGAAACUUUGUGCAACUCUGUCUUGAGGGAUACUAUGACCAAACAAUUUUCCACCGCGUCAUUGCUGGUUUCAUGGUGCAAGGUGGAGAUCCCACAGGCACAGGAAAAAGUGGGGAAAGUAUCUAUGGUGGCGCUUUUAUUGACGAAUUCCACUCGAGACUUAAAUUUAAUCACCGUGGACUACUCGCUAUGGCUAAUGAGAACAAAGUCAACACCAAUCACUCGCAGUUUUUCUUCACCUUGGACGCUUGUGAAUUCUUAAAUCGAAAAAAUACCAUUUUUGGCAAAGUUACAGGUAACACAAUAUUCAAUCUAUUGAGUGUCGGAGACAUCGAGACGGACGCUCAAGAUCGUCCAAUAAAUCCACCGAAAUUGCUCAGUGUCGAAGUUCUGUGGAACCCAUUCGAAGACAUUGUGCCCAGAGCUAAGGUACAAAACGUGAUUUUGACUGAAGAAGACGCUCUUCAAAAGAAAAAGCGCGAGCGUAAAGCGACAAGAGAUUUAAAGCUGCUCUCGUUUGGAGAUGAAGAAAAGGAUUUGGAGGAUGAGAGUCAUGGAGGAGUAAAACAAGCUGUCAGGAAAAAGGUCAAGACGAUGAUGAGUAGUCAUGACUUACUUGAUGAUCGAAAAUUGAAAUUAGAAGUGGAUGCUGAAGUGUUGCAGCGGAUUAAUAAAACUAGUGAGAAAGCAACAGCAGAAACUAAGAAUGAGCAAGCACUGGCAAAUUUAAAAGCAGCCGUGACUGCCGCCGCUAACAAGACGUCUCAAUCUACGGAGAGCUCAAAUGAGCAAAAUUGUGGAGAUGACAAGCAACUUGCUUCAACGAAAACCGAAAAAAGCUCAAAAUGUAAGAUGACUGACCGAGAAGAGUAUGCUAGGCUUCGCGAAGAGCUGCGGAAAUCGAAAAAGGCCGUUUCAUUACUCAUGGGCGAUAAAGCGAAGAAGCUGGAAAAAGAUCGAGCGUUUCAAAAUAUGCUUACUCCUCUUCAGCAGCAACGACAGAAGUAUCUACAGCGAAAAAAAACCAGCAGUCGAACUGCUCGAGAACAAGAAACAUUGUCGAAGCUCAAAAAGUUCCAAACCACGUUAAUUGAUGUCAAUACGACAGCGAAUACGUCUAAGGAUGUGACAAACGAAGCUAAAGAAGAAAGCUACCACGGUCAGGUUCUUGAAUGCGAUGACGAUGAUGAUAAUUCCAAUGAGGAUAAGUCCUGGAUGACGGCGAAGCUCAAAUUCACGAAGCACAUCGAUGAUCAAUUUCGAGCUGGCCAUGAGCCUUCAACUGACGAUUACAUGACCAUCGACACUCGCACUGAGACUGCACACGGGGGAUCAAGAAAACAGAAGGAUCGCCAACACGACCGAUCUCACAAUCGACCUCAAGAUGAAAGGUACAAUGGCUACCGCGAUCAUAAUCGUAGAACCCAUCACCGACAUCGUCGGUAA